CCGCGCCUGGCCGUGCCUUUCUUCCCAGAGCCCGAGCGGCGGCGGCGAGAUGCGUGGCGGCGGCGGCGCGGGGGUCGUGCUCCUGGCCUCGCUGCUCUGGGUCGCCGCGCGGUGCCAGCAGAGAGGGCUGUUUCCUGCCAUCCUCAAUCUUGCCAGCAACGCACACAUCAGCACCAACGCAACCUGUGGGGAGCAAGGGCCCGAGAUGUCCUGCAAGCUUGUGGAGCACGUGCCUGGUCGCCCCGUGCGCAACGCCCAGUGCCGGAUCUGUGAUGCCAACAGCGCCAACCCCAAAGAACGCCAUCCAAUAUCAAAUGCAAUCGAUGGGACCAAUAACUGGUGGCAAAGUCCCAGUAUUCAAAACGGGAGAGAAUAUCACUGGGUCACAAUCACUCUGGACCUAAGACAGGUCUUUCAAGUUGCCUACAUCAUCAUCAAAGCUGCUAAUGCCCCUCGACCUGGAAACUGGAUUUUGGAGCGUUCUCUGGAUGGCACCACGUUCAGCCCCUGGCAGUAUUAUGCAGUUAGUGACACGGAGUGUUUGACACGUUACAAUAUCACUCCGAGACGGGGGCCACCCACCUACAGGGCGGAUGAUGAAGUGAUCUGCACCUCCUACUAUUCUAGACUGGUACCGCUUGAGCAUGGAGAGAUUCAUACAUCACUAAUCAAUGGCAGACCAAGCGCUGAUGAUCUUUCACCCAAGUUGUUGGAGUUUACUUCCGCACGAUACAUUCGCCUUCGCUUACAGCGCAUUAGAACCCUCAAUGCCGAUCUCAUGACCCUCAGCCACCGUGACCCUAAAGACCUUGAUCCUAUUGUUACAAGACGAUAUUACUAUUCAGUCAAAGACAUUUCUAUUGGAGGAAUGUGUAUUUGUUAUGGCCAUGCUAGUAGCUGUCCAUGGGAUGAAACUACAAAGAAGCUACAGUGUCAGUGUGAGCAUAACACCUGCGGAGAGAGCUGCAGUAGGUGUUGUCCAGGGUACCACCAACAGCCCUGGCGGCCCGGCACCGUUUCUGCUGGGAACACAUGUGAAAAAUGUAAUUGUCACAAUAAAACUCAAGACUGUUACUAUGAUGAAAGUGUUGCAAAUCAGAGGAGAAGUUUGAAUACUGCUGGACAGUUCCGAGGAGGAGGGGUUUGCAUCAAUUGCCUGCAGAACACCAUGGGGAUCAAUUGUGAAACCUGUAUUGAUGGAUAUUAUAGACCAUACAAGGUGUCUCCUUAUGAGGACAACCCUUGUCGUCCCUGUGACUGUGACCCUUUUGGGUCCCUCAGUUCUGUCUGUAUUAAAGAUGAGCUCCAAUCUGGCUUACACAAAGGGAAGUGGCCAGGUCAGUGUCCAUGCAAGGAAGGCUACGCAGGAGAAAAAUGUGAUCGCUGCCAAUUUGGUUACAAGGCUUACCCAGCCUGCGUCCGCUGUGAGUGCAGUCGGGCUGGGAGUGUGAACGAGGACCCCUGCUCAGAACCUUGUCUCUGUAAGGAAAAUGUUGAGGGAGACAAUUGUGACCUCUGCAAGCCAGGAUUCUAUAACUUGAAGGAGAGAAACCCCGAGGGCUGCUCAGAGUGCUUCUGCUUUGGUGUUUCUGACGUCUGUGACAGCCUUUCUUGGUCCGUCAGUCAGGUGAAAGAUAUGUCUGGGUGGCUGGUCACCGACCUGAUCAGUCCAAGCAAGAUCCUGUCUCAGCAAGAUGCGCUGGGUGGGCGUCAUCGGAUUAGCAUCAACAACACGGUGGUCCUGCAGAGGCUGACUUCCAAGUAUUACUGGUUGGCCCCAGAGGCCUACCUUGGAAAUAAGCUGACUGCGUUUGGUGGCUUCCUCAAGUACACAGUGUCUUAUGAUGUUCCCGUGGAGAUGGUGGACGGGGACCUCAUGUCUUACGCUGAUGUUAUCAUUAAGGGAAAUGGACUCACUUUAAGCACCCAGGCUGAGGGCCUGGCAUUACAACCACAUGAAGAGUACUUGAACGUGGUCAGACUUGUGCCGGAGAACUUUCGAGAUUUUAAUAACAAAAGGGAGAUAGAUCGCGACCAGCUGAUGACUGUCCUUGCCAACGUGACACAUCUCUUGAUUAGAGCCAACUACAAUUCUGCAAAAAUGGCUCUUUACAGGUUGGAUUCUGUCUCUUUGGAUACAGCCAGCCCUAACGUUAUAGACCUGGCACUGGCCACCGAGGUGGAGCACUGCGAAUGUCCCCAAGGCUACAGAGGGCUCUCCUGUGAGUCCUGCCUCCCUGGCUAUUACCGCGUGGAUGGAAUACUCUUUGGAGGAAUUUGUCAACCCUGUGAAUGCCACGGCCAUGCAGCUGAAUGUGAUAUUCAUGGCGUUUGCUUUGCUUGCGAGCAUAACACCACCGGGGACCACUGUGAGCAGUGCGCGCCUGGCUUCUACGGGCUGCCUUCCCGAGGGACCCCGGAGGACUGCCAGCCGUGUGCCUGCCCCCUCUCCACAGCCUCCAACAAUUUCAGCCCCACUUGCCACCUAGAGGAUGGGGAUGAAGUGGUCUGUGACCAGUGCGCCCCGGGAUACUCAGGAGCUUGGUGCGAGAGAUGCGCAGACGGUUACUAUGGAAACCCAACAGUGCCCGGGGAAUCCUGUGUUCCCUGCAACUGCAGUGGCAACGUGGACCCCUUUGAGGAGGGUCACUGUGACUCCGUCACUGGAGAGUGCCUGAAAUGCAUUGGGAACACGGACGGUGCCCACUGCGAGAGGUGUGCUGACGGCUUCUACGGGGACGCCGUGACUGCCAAAAAUUGCCGCGCCUGUGAGUGCCAUGGAAAAGGCUCCCUCUCUGAUGUCUGCCAUCUUGAGACCGGACUCUGUGACUGCAAACCCCAUGUGACUGGACAGCAGUGUGACCAGUGCUUGCCUGGCUAUUACGGGCUGGACGCGGGGCCUGGGUGCCUGCCCUGUAACUGCAGCACGUCAGGCUCCUUGUCGGAUGACUGCACCGAGGAAGGCCGGUGUCACUGCGUCCCAGGCGUAGCUGGGGAGAAGUGCGACAGGUGUGCACGCGGCUUCCACGCCUACCAGGACGGUGGCUGUACACCCUGUGACUGCGCUCACACACAGCACACUUGUCACCCGGAAUCGGGGGAGUGUAUCUGCCCUCCUCAUACUCGGGGCACCACCUGUGACGAAUGUGAGGACGGAUACUGGGGCCACAACCUAGAGCUCGGAUGCCAGGCCUGCAACUGCAGUGAUGUUGGGUCCACCGGUCAUGGAUGCGACGCACUCACUGGCCACUGCCGAUGCAAGCCUGCCUUUGGUGGCCCAGGCUGUCAUCAGUGCUCCCUGGGGUACAGACACUUUCCAGACUGUGUGGCCUGUGACUGUGACCCGCGAGGGACAUUGGCAGACACCUGUGAUGAGGAACAGGGUCUGUGCAGCUGUGCAGAGGAAACCGGCAGCUGCUCUUGCAAGGAAAAUGUGUUCGGUCUUCACUGCAGCGAGUGUCGAGCUGGUACCUACGCCCUCCAUGCAGCUGACCCUCUGGGAUGUAGCCCCUGCUUCUGCUUUGGGCUGUCACAAGUCUGCUCAGAGCUGGAGGGUUAUGUGAGGAUGCCGGUAAUGCUGGGCUCAGGGCAGCCCCUCCUGCGUGUGGUUUCUCAGAGCAACCUCCAGGGUACGGCUGAGGGGGUGUAUUACCAGGCCCCUGACAUCCUCCUGAAUGCUGUGACCGUCAGGCGACAUGUCCACGCAGAGCCGUUUUACUGGCGGCUGCCAGAGCAGUUCCAGGGAGACCAGCUCCUGGCCUACGGUGGCAGCCUGAAAUACAGCGUGGCCUUCUAUUCUUCCGACGGCAUCGGCACCUUCAACCUUGAGCCCCAAGUGCUCAUCAAAGGGGGCCGGACCAGAAAGCAGGUCAUUUAUGUGGACGUGCCCUCCCCGGAGAACGGAGUACGACAAGAGCAGGAAGUGGGAAUGAAAGAGAAUUUUUGGAAGUAUUUUAACUCCGUUUCUGAAAAACCUGUCACACGCCCUGAUUUUAUGUCUGUUCUUAGCAACAUUGAGUACAUCCUCAUCAAAGCAUCUUAUGGUCAAGGAUUACAGCAAAGCAGAAUCUCAAAUAUUUCAAUGGAGGUUGGCAGGAAGGCUGGAGAGUUGCACCCGGGACAGGAGGUGGCGUCCCUCCUAGAGAAGUGUCUCUGUCCUCCUGGCACAGCUGGAUUCUCGUGUCAGGUAGGCAGACUGUGGUUAAAAUCCACUACCUGUAAUGAUGUACUACAAUACACAACAAUGGAUACAUCUGCUGCAAAGCAGCUUAAGUCUGAACUACAGCAUUCAAGCCAAAACUGUAGGCACAGCACCGCUGGGGACCACUGUGAUCUGUGCGCCCCUGGGUACUACGGGAAGGUGACUGGCUCCACUGGGGACUGUUCUCCAUGUGCCUGUCCCCGCAGUGGCCCCGCCAGUUUCAGCCCCACUUGCGUCUUGGAAGGCGAUGCCGAUUUCCGCUGUGACGCCUGCGUUCUGGGCUACGAAGGACAGUACUGCGAAAGGUGCUCCUCAGGCUAUCACGGGAACCCUCGAGUGCCGGGUGGCACCUGCCAGAGGUGUGACUGCAGCCCGCAUGGCUCUGUGCACGGGGACUGUGACCACAGGUCCGGGCAGUGCAUCUGCAGGCCGGGUGCCACGGGGCUCCGAUGCGAGGAAUGCAAACCGAGGCACAUUCUCCUGGAAAGCGAUUGUGUUUCUUGUGAUGAUGAGUGUGUAGGUGUGCUGCUGAAUGACUUAGGGGAUGUUGGUGACACCAUCCUCUCUGUGAACCUCACCGGUGUUAUCCCUAUUCCGUAUGGAAUUUUGUCAACCCUGGAAAAUACAACGAAAUCUCUCCGGGAAGCUUUAUUAAAAGAAAAUCCACAGAAGAAACUGGCAAAAGAUCAGCUUGAAGGUGUUGCAGAACAAACAGACAAUCUGCUAGGGGAGCUCGCCAGAGUGUUAACAAGUAGCCAAAAUGUAACCAGGGCAACUGAAAGAAUCCUCAACAAGAGUCAAGACCUCAUGACAUUUACUGAGAGGCUGCAGAUAAAUAUCCAAGAAAUUAUUGAAAAAGCAGCAACUCUAAAUCAGACCUUGGAUGAAGACUUCCAGCUACCCAGUUCUACUCUUCAGAAUAUGCAAAAGAAUAUUACAUCUUUGCUGGAAAUCAUACAGAAGAGCCAUUUCAUGCAGUUGCACCAAAAUGCCAUACUGGAACUCAAGGCUGCUGAAGCUUUAUUGUCACAAAUUCAGAAGAAUUACCAGAAGCCACAGAGAGAGUUGGAGGUCUUAAAAGCAGCAGCAAGCAGCCUCCUCUCAAAACACACCAGUGAGCUGCAGACAGCGGGCGACCUCGCGAGGGAAGCUGAGGUGAAGGCCUGGGAGAGCGACCGCCUGGUGCACACUGCCCAGGCCAACCUGCAAGAAUUCCGCGAAAAGCAGCUACGUGUUCAAGAAGAGCAAAACUUGACCUCGACGCUAAUUGCCAGAGGGAGAAGAUUGCUAGAGGCUGUCCGUACCCGUGCAGCGGAGGAGCGGGAUGCUCUGGCACAGUUAGAGCGUCACCGGGAUGAGCUGCUUCUAUGGACUGCCAAAAUCAGGCACCACGUAGAUGAUCUGGUCAUGCAGAUGUCCAAAAGAAAAGCACUUGACCUUGUGUACAGAGCAGAGGACCAUGCAGCUGAGCUCCAGAGACUAGCAGGUGCUCUGGACAGUGGCCUCGGCAGCGUUAGACACGUGUCCCCGAAUGCCACCAGCGCAGCCCACGUCCAUUCCAACAUUCGGAGCCUGAUUGAAGAAUCAGAGAAAGUGGCAAAAGAUGCUCUCGAGACAGUGACUACGGUGAGUCUGUUCUCAGAAUCCCUUGUUUCUAAUGGGAAAGUGGCUCUCCAGCGCAGUUCCAGAUUUCUAAAAGAAGGCAACAGCCUGAGCAGAAAGCAUCAAGGUAUCACAUUGAAACUGAGUGAAUUGAAAAAUACAGCAAAGAGAUUUCAAGGGAAUGCUGAUACAGUUACUAGGCGGACCAAUGAAUCACUCUUAAUACUCAGAACAAUUCCUGGAGGUGCCAGAGACAGAGGAACCAAAGUCAAAGAGCUGGCCACAUCUGCAAAUCAGAGUGCAGCAAGCACUCUAAAGAAUGUCGUGGGAUUGAGCCAGAAGCUGCUGAAUACAUCCACUGACCUGUCCAGGGUUAACGCCACCUUACGAGAAACUAACAGACUUCUACAGGACUCCUCAAUGACCGCUCUGCUAGCUGGAAGAAGAGUGAAAGAUGCAGAAACACAAGCCAGCCUUUUAUUUGAUCGGUUGAAGCCUCUGAAGAUAUUAGAAGAGAACCUGAACAGAAACCUAUCAGAAAUCAAACUGCUUAUCAGCCAGGCCCGCAAGCAAGCAGCUUCUAUUAAAGUUGCCGUGUCUGCAGACAGAGAUUGUAUCCGGGCCUACCAGCCUCGGAUUUCUUCUGCUAACUAUAACACCUUAAGGCUAAGUGUUAAGACAAGUGAACCUGAUAACCUUCUCUUCUACCUCGGGAGCAGCACCAAUUCUGAUUUCUUGGCAGUGGAGAUGCGGCGAGGGAAGGUGGCCUUUCUCUGGGAUAUGGGCUCCGGGUCAACGCGGUUGGAAUUUCCAGACUUCCCGAUUGACAACAACAAAUGGCACAGUAUCUAUGUAACCAGAUUUGGAAACGUUGGUUCAUUGAGUGUAAAGGAAAUGAGCGCAACUCAAAAGCCACCAACAAAAACAAGUAAAUCCCCUGGAACAGCGAAUGUUCUGGAUAUAAACAACUCAACGCUCAUGUUUGUUGGAGGGCUUGGAGGACAGAUCAAGAAGUCUCCCGCUGUGAAGGUUACUCAUUUUAAAGGCUGCAUGGGAGAGGCCUUCCUGAACGGACAGUCCAUCGGCCUGUGGAACUAUAUUGAACGGGAGGGCAAGUGCCAUGGCUGCUUUGGAAGCCCCCAGAAUGAAGACUCUUCCUUCCAUUUUGAUGGGAGUGGGUAUUCGGUCGUGGAGAGAACGCUCCGGGCUACGGGGACUCAUAUAAUUAUGCUUUUUAGUACAUUUUCACCCAAUGGUCUUCUUCUCUACCUCACUUCAAAUGGCACUAAAGACUUUUUAUCCAUCGAGCUGGUGCACGGCAGAGUCAAAGUUACAGUUGACCUGGGUUCAGGACCUCUUGCCCUUAUUACAGACAGACGCUAUAACAACGGAACCUGGUACAAAAUCGCCUUCCAGAGAAACCGAAAGCAAGGAAUCCUAGCAGUUAUUGAUGCAUAUAACACCAAUUAUAGAGAAACCAAGCAAGGUGAAACUCCAGGAGCAUCUUCUGACCUCAAUCGUCUAGAUAAAGAUCCAAUUUAUGUGGGUGGAUUACCUAGGUCAAGAGUUGUAAGGAAAGGUGUCACCAGCAAAAGCUAUGUGGGCUGUAUCAAAAACCUGGAAAUAUCCAGAUCAACCUUUGAUUUACACAGAAAUUCCUACGGCGUGAGAAAAGGCUGUAUACUGGAGCCUAUCCGAAGUGUUAGCUUCUUGAAAGGCGGCUACAUUGAACUGUCACCCAAGUCUUUGUCACCAGAAUCGGAAUUGUUGGUCACAUUUGCCACCAAGAACAGCAGUGGCAUCAUCCUGGCUGCCCUGGGCAGGCAGGGGGAGAAGCAGGGUCAUCUGCGGGCCCAUGGGCAACCUUCCCAGCCCUUCUUUUCCAUCACGCUGAUUGGAGGCUACAUUGAAGUUCAUGUUAACUCUGGGGAUGGAACCAGCCUGAGAAGAGCGCUCCUGCGUGCUCCCAAGGGCACAUAUGGCGAUGGACAAGAGCAUUCCAUUUCCUUGAUAAGGACCGGGAGAGUUAUCACUGUCCAAAUGGAUGAGAUGAAUCCUGUAGAAAUGAAGUUGGGCCCCUCAGCAGAAAGCAGGGCAAUAAAUGUAUCCAAGCUGUACAUAGGGGGGAUUCCAGAGAGGGAAGGGACAUCAGUGCUCAAGAUGAGAAGAUCAUUCCAUGGCUGUAUCAAAAACCUGAUCUUUAAUAUGGAACAUUUGGAUUUCACGAGUGCGGCUAGCAAUGAACAGGUGGACUUGGACACCUGCUUACUUUCAGAAAGGCCAAAGCUGGCUCUUCAUGGAGAAGACAGUGAGCGCCUGCCACAGCCCCAGCCUUUACCAAGUCUGGAACGGUGUGCUGUGGACAGAGCCCCAGAGUAUAUCCCCAGUGCUCACCAGUUUGGCCUCAUGCAGAGCAGCCAUUUCGUGUUGCCUUUCAAUCAGCUGGCUGUCAGAAAGAGGCUCUCAGUUCAGCUAAGUAUCCGAACAUUUGCCUCCAGCGGUCUGAUUUACUACAUGGCUCAUCAGAACCAAGUUGAUUAUGCCACGCUCCAGCUACAUGGGGGCCACCUUCACUUCCUGUUUGAUCUUGGGAAAGGCAGAACAAAGGUCUCCCACCCUGCACUGAUCAGUGAUGGCAGGUGGCACACGGUCAAGACAGAGCACUUUAAAAGAAAGGGCUUCAUGACGGUUGAUGGCCAGGAAUCCCCCACAGUGACUGCUGUGGGAGAUGGGACCAUGUUGGAUGUGCAAGGAAAGCUGUAUCUAGGAGGCCUUCCCUCUGAGUACAGGGCCAGGAACAUUGGAAACAUCACCCACAGUGUCCCCGCCUGCAUCGGGGAGGUGACAGUGAAUGGCAAACAGCUGGACAAGGACAGCCCAAUAUCUGCAUUUGCAGUAACCAGGUGCUAUACAGUGGGCCAGGAAGGAACUUUCUUUGAAGGAAGUGGAUAUGCAGCUCUUGUCAAGGAAGGCUACAAAGUCCGAUCAGAUAUAAACAUCACACUGGAAUUUCGUACCACCUCUGAGAACGGUGUCCUCCUGGGGAUCAGCAGCGCCAAAGUAGAUGCCAUUGGAUUAGAGAUUGUAAAUGGCAAGAUCUUGUUUCACGUUAACAAUGGUGCCGGUAGGAUAACAGCCACAUACAAGCCCAAAGCUACCAAUACUGUCUGCAAUGGAAAAUGGCACACACUUCAAGCUCAGAAAAGCAAACACCGCUUGGUUCUAAUUGUUGACGGGAAUGUAGUUCGUGCUGAGAGUCCACACACCCAGUCCACCUCGGCAGACACCAACAAUCCCAUUUAUGUCGGUGGCUAUCCUGCUGAUGUAAAGCAAAACUGCCUGAACAGCCAGACCUCCUUCCGGGGGUGUUUGAGAAAGCUCACUCUGAUUAAGGGCCCACAAGUUCAAUCCUAUGACUUCAGCAGAGCUUUUGACCUACAGGGAGUUUUCCCUCACUCUUGUCCUGGGCCUGAACCCUGAACUUCAGAGAAACUCCCCAGUUGGGAAUCAUUGCUUAUAUUUUGAGGAGAAAGAAUUGUUUUUGUGCAUUAAAAUCUCUUCAGUUCUGAUUUCAUUUUCCACUCAGGUUAAGUGUUUCCAGAGAAGAAUUUUGUGUUUAUAUUAAACUAAAACCAUGUAUACAAUAAAUAUCUCUAUUAAAUAGUUUAAAAUGUAAA